UUUCAGAAAAAAAUGUUGUUGAAUCUAUCAGCAAACUGAUCUGUUACUCUGAGGUAUGCCAACAGAAGAGACCCCUCGUCAGAUUUUGUUUGCUCUGUGUUGGAGAGGGGAAGAAGGUGCUCUGGAGAAGAUCAAAGAGCUGAUAGAGAGUAGAAAAGUCGGUGUAAACGAGGUGGAUGAAAAUAAUGUUUCUGCUCUGAGGAACUUUCAUCUUGACAAGUAGUGAGGUUCUCAGCUCAGUUCAAUCACAAGGAUAUCACACUAUAUCUACUCAGUAAAGGAGCUAGUACUAAGAUAAGAGCAUAUGAUGGUAGAGACCCUUUAUUAUCAGCUGUAGAGAAAAGAAAUCUAGAAAUUGCUGAAAUAUUAUUAAAACACGGAGCUAAUCCUAAUUCUUGAUUUAAUCCAGGAGUAAUGAGACAUGUCCUCUGCUAAUGGCUCGAGAGAUUAGAUAUACACAGAUGGAAGAUUUACUUGUCAAGUACGGAGCAAAAGAGAAGAAACCUUUGUUGCAAAAGUGUCAGAUUCUGUAAAAUUAUUUACUCACGAUGCCUUCAGUUAUUCAAGAGAGAAUGGGAGUGUGGGGUGAGCGUACUGCAAGUAUUGACUGGUGUGAAUCUAACUACGAGAUUACACCCUGGAUUGCAGAGUUUUGGAAUACUAUUUCCAACUUAGCAAUGAUUAUUCCCUCACUUUACGGAUGCUUUGUAGUUCUUACGCAGGGACUUGAGACUAGAUACUUGAUCUCGUAUCUCUUCUUUCUAACAGUUGGGAUUGGAUCCUGGAUGUUCCACAUGACCCUGCAGUACUCUAUGCAGCUCCUGGAUGAACUACCGAUGAUCUAUACAACCUGCUUGUUUAUUUAUCUCCAAGCUAUGAUCAAAGAAGGUCCUGGAAAGCAUAACAAGCUUCUUAUCUGUUGCUUAGCAGGAUAUGCCAUAUUCUUCACCGCUCUUUACUCAGUGUGGAGCAACCCCUUGGUUAUGGAGUAUAUGUAUGCAUUCGUCAUUGUUAUCCUACUCGGGCAGUCUGUGUGGCUACUGUAUCAAGAAUCUAACCCUGCCUGUUUACGAGUAUUUAUUGUUGGAACUGCUCUGUAUGCUGUAGCAUUCCUUAUUUGGAAUAUUGAUAAUCAUUUCUGCAGUCAUCUACAGGAGUUUAGAAAGGGUAAGAGUACUGGAGUAGCAGCUCUGAGUCAACUACACGCUUGGUGGCAUCUUUUAGCUGGAUAUUCUACAUAUCUUCAUAUACUCUUCAGUUCACACUUCAGGCUCUCCAUGCUGAAAAGGAAUCCCAAGUUCGUCAUCUGCCCUAUUGGACUCUCCGUCGUAACUUCUCCUUAGGACUGAGUUACAGUGUUAACUCUCCUGGGUGUACUUUCCAGUGUAAUGGUUGUAACAUAUUUAGUAAAACUCUUACGUUACAUUAGUAACAUCAGGUUUAAACUUUAGUGAUAAAGUUGGAAUAACUUGCAUUAACAUCUAAGGUUAAGAGUUAAUGAAAAAAAUCUCAAAAGGAGACUUGCUCCAGCAAUGAUUCCAAAGUGGUUUUCUUUUACAUUUUUGAAAAAGCUUUAACUUUUGAAAUUCAAAUCUUUGUAAAUUACGGUCAUGAUUCAUGAUGAACAAAAUACGGUGUUUUGUUCAUUUUUGAGCUGAAUAUAUAUGGUACACACUACACAUUACACAGUCACAUCAUCACAUGACUCACUUCUAAUAAUGGUUUCACUGUAGUCUUGAAGUAGUGAUAGUAGUCAAUUUAGAUAAAUUAUUAUAGCGGAAUUAUAUCUUUUUAAAAUAUCUUUAACAAUUGUUAUUUUAAGUUUAGAAAUUAAAAUUGUAAUAUUUUAGUUGUCAAAUUUACAUCACUUGUCCUAUAAACACAGAUUCAACUAUU